AAGUUCAAAUGCAAAAUUGUCGUGAGGCAACACGUCUUAACGCGCUGCUUUAAAAAUUUGGAAUAUGGUUUUUGGUGCGAUUUCAAACAUGUCCAAAAAGUGUCCUAAGAGUUGUUUUUGGACGACUAUCGGCGUGGGUGGGGCUCUUAUAGCUGCCCUUACGUACAAAGCAGUUCAAGCCCGCGAUAAGGCUGCAAAAGAUUUCGAUGACCGCGGCUUCCCUGCAAUGGCGGACUACCCCGAUCUCCGCCACCACAACAACUUGAUGGCGAAGCAUCUGACACCGCGCUUGUACAGCAAACUUCGCGAUAAAGUGACCUCCAGUGGAUUUACAUUGGACCAGGCCAUUCAAACUGGUGUUGACAACCCCGGUCAUCCUUUCAUCCUCACUGUUGGAGCCGUUGCAGGAGACGAAGAGUCGUACGAAACUUUCGCGGACCUUUUUGAUCCGAUUAUCGAAGAGCGCCACAAUGGCUUCAAGAAAACCGAUAUGCACAAAACUGACUUGGACGCCUCUAAGAUCCGUGGCGGGAAAUUUGACGAUCACUAUGUGUUGUCUUCGCGCGUGCGCACCGGACGAUCGAUUCGUGGGUUCAGCCUACCGCCUCACUGUUCACGUGCAGAGCGAAGGGAAGUGGAAAACAUUGUUUGCGAAGCCUUGGACGGUCUGAAAGGUAACCUUUCUGGAAGCUAUUAUCCUCUGAACGGUAUGACCGCAGCCGAACAACAGCAGUUGAUUGACGAUCACUUCCUGUUUGACAAACCAGUCUCUCCACUCCUCACGUGCGCUGGCAUGGCACGUGACUGGCCUGACGCGCGUGGAAUCUGGCACAACAAGGACAAGAACUUCCUUGUUUGGGUCAACGAGGAGGACCACACGCGUGUCAUUUCCAUGGAGAAAGGAGGAGACAUGCGCUCAGUGUUUGAUCGCUUUUGUCGCGGGCUCAAUGAAGUGGAAAGACUUAUCAAGCGCAGAGGACACGAGUAUAUGUGGAAUCAACACUUGGGUUAUAUCCUCACGUGUCCAUCCAAUCUUGGAACCGGUCUUAGGGCUGGAGUACACGUCAAACUACCCCACCUUGCCAAGGAUUCAAGAUUUGGCGACAUUCUGGACAAGUUGAGAUUGCAGAAGCGCGGAACCGGUGGGGUUGACACGGCAGCCGUCGGAAGCACUUUUGACAUCUCCAACUCAGACCGUCUCGGUUAUUCGGAGGUGGAGCUUGUUCAGACCGUGAUUGACGGCGUCAAUCUUCUCAUCAACAUAGAGAAGAGACUGGAAAAGAACAAGGGCAUCGACGACCUCAUUCCCAAAUAAGGAGUUCGUGACGGAUGCUGGUUGCUGUUGCAUUUGCUUUGUUGCAUCGCUUACUUACAGCUUAGGCUUGUCAAGAAACAUUGUUAAAUGAAUUGAACCGGUCACCGCGCGUGUAACGUAUUAAGGAUGACCGCUGUGCAGUUUAUCCGUGGUAGGUGUUACUUACCUGGCGGUGGGCCCACUGCACCUUGACAAGCCGCUUGAAGUUUUGAAGCAAAGAUAUGCUAUUGCGAAAAGGAAAAAAAAAAA